AUGACCUAUGCUGAUAAAGAUCAUGUUAUUACUGAAUUAUUGAAGGAUCCUGUAUAUUUGAGUCGACACAAUUCGUUGGCUACCCAUCCAAAAGAUGAGAAUGACUUGUAUGCCUUGGAAACCAAAUUAGAGGAAGAACUUCAUGACCUUAAGGACCUGAAGAUCGUGUCUUCAUUGGUUAAAGAGACUCAGGUAAAUCUGGAUUUGAUGGAACUAGAGAAUUGCUACUACUCCUUAUAUAACUUAUCAAAGAAAUUAAAAAGCAGCCGUUCUUUUCUGAAACAAUCAUUGCAUUUCCAAAGAUCGGUUGCAGUACAUGUUGAUGAAUUAAGAAUCAAAUUACUGUCUACAAUUUAUGAUAUUUUAGCUACAAAGUUUUGGUCUAUUAGCGAAAGUAGUUUUGAGUUCCACCCAGAUAUUAAAUGGAAGGAAGAAGAAUUCAUGAUGAAAUAUGAAGAGUUCAAGUCUUUUGUCUCAAAGAGUUUUUUCCCUGACAAUGCGAUUAAUAAUUCUCAUUGGCUGAUUACUGAUAUUAUACAUAGCGAAGAGCAAGAGAGAAUGCGUAACAAGUUGAAGGAUAUUUACAUCAAUUACAUUGAUUUUGCAAGUUUAACAAAAGCUGUUAAGGAUGCCUUAUUCUCGGAUGAGUAUGAGUUCGAAUGGAGUGACAAUAACUACACUAAACUGCUGAUAACAAAGAGGGGGGCUUUAUGCAUACAGAAAAGAAUUGAGAGCUUUAACAAUCUACUGAGCUUUUUGGAGAAAGGAAUUUCAAAUAGUGAUAAAUUCAAAUUACUCACAAAUCUAGGCAAGGCAAUAGGAAUUGAGUUUUUGAGAUUUGUUAAAUCAAAUGCUACUGGAAUUAUAGAUAAGAAUGCAAACUCAAUUAAACAACAAACAUUAUUGUUGAACGACAGAUUAAAAACUAUUUCUGAGCAAUCUGGAGCUUGGAAUUUCGAUAGUGAUCAAAUUAGUAAACUUCUGAAUGAUGAGAUCCUGUAUAAGAGUUUGUUACUGGAUGGCGUUCUUGGACGUGCAAUCUCUGAUGUCAGAAAAUUGAUUGCUAACGAGUCCUGGAAAUCAAAAACAAAAAUAACAUUAAAAAAUUCUGAGAUGCUCAAUGACUCUAAGGAAAAAGAGAUAUCACAAGAUAAUGUAGGAGAUGAAUGGGAGUGGAACGAGGAAGAAAUGGAUGAUGAUGUUCAUAACUCAACAUCUAAGGUCCCAAACUCAAAAUCUGAGGAUUUGAAUGACGAUGAAGAUGGUUGGGCUGAUGAAAUCGAUGUUGAUUUGGAGGACGAAAUAAACACAAAAGAAACCGAACCUGAAGAUGACGCCUGGAACGAUGAAUGGGAUGUUGAAGAAGAUAUUAAGUCUACACAUUCCAAUAAAAAUUCCAAAAGUAAGCAUUUUAUAAAUACAACAGAAGAAGUAACAAUAACAGAAUUACCAAAAAAAUUCCUCAAUAUAAUGGAAAAACUAUUGGAAGACGCACGAGCAAUUGAUGUAAACCUACCACUAACGGAAGAUUUCAAAUACAAAGCUAACCUUCUACAAACUGUCUUCUUUUCGAUCAGUUCUACUAAAUAUGGUAACGAAUGGUGGCAAUUUUAUAACGACAUGAAAUUUACUUUCGACCAAAAUAACGACAUGAAGAGACUACAAGAGCUAAUAUACAACUACAUGGAAACUAAUUUACAAAAUACAAAGAAAAUCUCCAAGAGGAUACUAAGCAGCCAAUUACAACAAUUUCAGAGAAACGAAAACAAUCCAAGUUGGAAUGACACUCUUGACAACUUCUUACCAUUUCUAGAAGAGGAACUUGCUAAUAUCACAACUCACAUCACACAAGAGGAUAGCUUCAGAUAUAUCACAAGACUGUUCAGCUUUAUUUUUGAGGAUGUGAUAAUUCAAAAUAUACUAUCAUGGGAUAUUAUUUCUGAGAAAAAUUCUGAAAAUAUAUCUGAGCUUUUAAAAUUGAUAAUUACCAGCACACAAAUCGACAGUUUAAACACAUAUCCAAAGUACAGAGAAUUAUACGAAAGAGUCAAUAUUGUGGCAAAGUUGUUACCAUUACACUUGAAAGAAAUCAUGGAAAUGUUUUACAACGGUGACUUCUAUCUGUUUGCGACGGAAGAGAUCAUAACUUGGAUAAAAUUGCUAUUUGCUGAGACGCCCUUACGGAAAGACGCAAUCGAUGACAUAUAUGAAAUCAGAAACACACCAACCGAAGACUGA